AUGGUACAUCAGUUGAGCUUAUUCCACUCCAUUGAUGAUGAUUCAUUUGAACUAUUUAUCUCCACAAUGACCAUCAUGUCUGGAAAUCCGCCGGUUCUGUUCGGUAAUCUAUCCAGAGUAUGGAAACCUAACGAAGCUUACGAUAUUGAGCGGGCAAACUCUAAGAACCAGCUAGUAGAACUCAAUAGGAUAAAACUGAGCAGGGAAGUACCACUUCAUGUGCUGCUCGGAGCCGAGAAGGGCUCGGCGUCGUCAUAUGCUUUACUGAAGGACCUUGCGGAUAAAGAUCUACCGGUUGAACCGGCUUCUGUCACUUUACUGCUCGAAGAAGCAGCAGAAUCCGUUAAUGAGAAGCCCAAUGCUCAAUCAACCAAUUCACCAUGGGCUUUGAGCAUCUCUGAUAUACCGGCAGCAGGCGGUAACCGAAAAGUCUCAGUGCAAACGAUAUCGGAGUCUGUUAUACUCUCAGUGGCUGGGCAAGACUCAUCGUUGUCCAAAUUUCUCAAGGAAUUGGGUUACAUAGAGAGCUAUAAGUUCCUUACAGUCGGCGUAAAGUUCCACAUGAAGAACGACCUAAUGUUAGUGGUACAGAAAAUAUGGGACGUGGAAAAGAAGCGCCAGAUGACUAAAGGUGGUUAUCUCAUAAAGGCAUUCAUUAACGUCAGUAGAGGAACCGACAUCGAACGUAUUAAUCAAGCCGAAAAUACCCUUGUGGCGUUACGAAAAGACUUGCAAGGCUACAUUGACUUGUCAAUCCCCGAUAGAAAGGCUAUGGAUUCAAGAUUGGAUUAUUUGAACGACAAUCUAUGA